UACACAACUUAUUUACAUUCAGUGACGACCUUGCCAACUGGCCACUGGGAGACUUUGGCUUGCUGCUGUCUGUCAGCCCGACUGAAGCUUGUUGUUGCUUUAGUUCUUGAUGUAAGUGCACUCUGCUUUCACAUCCACACUGAUGAUACAGAUUAAACACACCUCAUAACUCUUUGUUAUUGAGCAUUAAUUUAACUUGUUUUAUCAUAAAUUAAUAAUUUUCUUUGAUAACUUCUGACUCCUUCCGUCCUGUGCCAUGACCCACAAGUCGGGUUAUGCCUAUUCAAAAUGCACAUCUUCAUCAUUGUAAAGAAUUUGAGAUAUGUAGUUCACAUCUGAUCAUCAUUAAAUAUUUCACAUGACCUGAGAUGCCACAAUAGUUCUCAAGUCUGUCCAAUGAUAUAUAGUGGUCCACUGUAUCAAAAACAGCACUAAGAUCCAACAACAAUAAACUGAAGUUGAGUCUGAGUCUACAGCCAAUAACAAAUAACUCACCACCUUUGUAAGUGCAGUUACUGUGAAGUGAUUAACUCAAAAUACCUGACUGCAGUGGCUCAAAUAGAUCACUUAAGAGAAAUAAUUUAAGAACUGAUUUGCUGUCUAACAACUGAUUUGACAUUGUGGACUUUUGUGUGCAUAUAAUAAAAUGAUAAUGUGAUUUCCUCGUUCUUAGUGAUCUACAGUAAAUGAUUAAAUAUAUAUUAACUUUCCACAUAAAGACAAACCCUAACGUCGCACUGAAUUUAAAUAUUCAUAUACUGCAAGCUAACUCCGAUACAAUACAUCAAAUGGUAAAAAUAGUGUAUAUUUUUUAUAUUAUACAUGGCCCAUUUACAGUUUAAAAUUAAUUAAAUCAAAUAUAAUUAAGACUAAAACUUUUUAAGUCUAAAUUUUACGCAAGCAAUGUAUCCAUUCAAUAACAGUUAUCCCAACAGCUCUACUUAUACAAGGGGCAAAUAGUUGAAUUAUGACAUUAUAAUUAUUGUUUUUUAUACCAUCAAGAUAGUUUGACCAGCAUUUCCAUUUGCUCUAACCACACCUUCAAUUAAAUGUCACACAUGUAACAUAGGCACAGUAAUGGGAUGUGUAGUCUACAGCUCCUCUCUGGGGCUCCUUCAAUUAAACUCUUUUCUUCUGCGUUCUGUCUCUCCUGUCUUUUUCAGCUGCAGUCGAGUUGAAACGACCCACAGCGAGGCAUCUGGUGCAGCAUGAAAGCCCCCAAAUACCAAUUCUCCUUCUACGCUGGUUUCCUGGUGGGAACCAUCACGCUGUAUGUUUUCCUGCGGCAGGUGCGGUUUGAGAGCACUUCGUUAUCACAGCAUGGAACAAACCUGAACAAAGUCAGCGAUGACCAAGAACAGCUCGAGAAAGAAAUUAAGAAAUGGAGAAAGGAAGGGUCUGCCCUUUUCAAUCUGGAGCAUCCUCAUCAUCCAGGAGAGGACGGCCGCAUGGCUGAUGAGCUGUACAAAAAGGUCCGUAUUCUUUGCUGGGUGAUGACUGCACCAAAGAACCUGGAGAAGAAGACUCGCCAUGUGAAGUCUACUUGGAGUCGCCACUGUAAUAUUGUGAUUUUCAUGAGUUCUGUGGAAGACCCCGAUUUUCCCACGGUGGGCUUAGGCACGAAGGAGGGUCGGGAUCAGUUGUACUGGAAAACAAUCAAGGCAUUCCAUUAUGUCUACGAGCAUCACAUCAACGAGGCAGAUUGGUUCCUCAAGGCAGAUGACGACACCUAUGUUAUUGUAGAUAACCUGCGUUUAGUUCUCGCCAACCACACACCCGAGGAACCAGUUUACUUUGGCCGAAGAUUUAAGCCCUACGUAAAGCAGGGCUACAUGAGUGGUGGUGCAGGCUAUGUGUUGAGCAAAGAAGCUCUGCGAAGAUUUGUAGGAGGAUUUAAAACCAAUGUGUGCACUCACGCUUCCUCUACAGAGGAUGUUGAAAUGGGACGGUGCAUGGAGAAAGUUGGGGUGUUGGCUGGGGACUCCAGAGACAGUAUGCAAAGGGAGAGAUUUCAUCCAUUUGUCCCUGAGCAGCACCUGACACAUAAGUUACCAAAGAGCUUCUGGUAUUGGAGCUACUGCUACCACCCCAUCUCAGAGGGUCCAAACUGCUGCUCGGACCUUUCAGUGUCAUUCCACUAUGUUGGUGCUUCACAAAUGUAUUUAAUGGAGUACUACACCUAUCACCUGCGUGCCUUUGGAUACAAUUACCGUUACCAGCCGCCUGCUCCACUUGGCUAUGGUAUUGAGAAAUCUGUGGAAGUGAAAAACAGGCCAGCUCCUCAGGAAAACAGGCGAGGAGAUGGGGAGGAUCAAUCCAGGACUGAAAAAAGACAGAAUGCAGAUCCCCCUCAAGCAGCUGGUAAAGACCCUCCUGCUGCUCCAUCAGGGUAAAUCAGAAGGUGUGUGAAGGAAACUUAUUAGGUAGAGUGUUUAAAUGUUUGUUAAUUCAUUUUGUUGUUCUUGGCUCAUUGAGGGAAACAUUUCACUCGUAUUUCUCAGCUGAGGCACUCCUACUUUUACUAAAGAAUUCCUUCAGGACUUUAAUUCUUGAUUAUCAGGUUUGUUUGGUUUAGCUAUAAGACAGUGUCUUCUUUAAAAAGGUGGGAACUGCUUUCUGUUAGCUUCAGUCAUUUGAAAAUAAGUGAAGCACUUUUUUUUAAAGUAUCAAUUUUCUAUAAGAACUAAGUUUUCUACAAAUCUGACAAAAUUGAUUUAACAGGUUUUUAAAAAAGUAUUUUUAAACUAUGUCAAACCCACCAAACUUGAUGGACCACUCUGUAAAGCGAUGUAACUUGCUAGAGUUCUUUUGUUUCAUUCACACAUAAGCCUGUUUCACUCAUGAACUCUUGACGUUUUCUAUAUUAUUUCAGGACUUUCAGGAACUUUCUUUUCACUGAUGAACCUUACAACAGGUGAUUUUUUUUGUUGGCCUCGCUCACUCAACUCAAAAGACUCGGUUUGGUUUAGAUAAGGGGGCGUCAUGGAGUAUCACAUGCAGGAGGAAGAGGAGUGUUCCAUAAUGGUGACCUUUUCCAUGGUAACAUAACUACAACAUGUAUAAGUAAUUUCAGCAAGCAAAUACGACAGUGGAAAACAAAAAUACAGACAACUGAGGGGAGUAGCUUAGAGAAUAAAGCCGUGAAACUCUGCUCAAUGUUAAUAAUGUUUUUGUGACAGUGCAAAAAAAGCAUUCAGAUCUGUCGAUUGUUUUGACUCAUCACUCCCUGCCCACUCCGUUUCACUAAAUGUUCCAGACAAUCAUCAAACCUGCUCACACAGACUAUAUACACAUUUAUUGCUACAGUGUUAUUUUACUAGUGGGCCGGAAGGAUAAAGUGGAAGUGAAUAGAUUUAACCAUUAGAGUUCAUACAUUUGCCCCACCUGGACAACAUGGGGAAACUGUGAGGUGUGCAUUGCUGUUGUGAAAGUGGAUAUGGACAACUAUGUGCCUCAUAGGACAAUGAGACCCAGUUUAUUUACAUUGAGGUGAUUAAAAACUGUUGGAUUAAAACAGCCAAGAUACAGCUGGAUCUCUGAUCUGGAGGUUUUUUUUUCUGAAUUAGAUCAUUCUAAGUCAAAGUGCCUCAACUUGUGCAAUAAGUCAACACUUGUCAUGUGCACACUGCUUAACCUGUUGGUCUGUCUCUGAUCGCCUCUUCCAAACAGGAUUAGUGCAGAGUUUAAAAGGAAUAUCCUGAUGCAGGCUAGUGUCAUUUCAAAGUCAAUAUACAGUUCAAGAAUAAAUCCUUCUUUAUUUGUU